GAGAGAAAGAACAUGGGAGGGAUGACAUCUUCAGUGGCGGCGAAGUUAGCCUUCUUCCCGCCGAGUCCGCCGUCUUACAAGGUGGUAACAGACAAGGUGACGGGACUGUUGCUUCUCGCCCCUUUCCCACACCGAGAAAACGUGGAAAUCCACAAGCUUCAGACCCGAAGAGGCACCGAGAUAAUGGCCAUGUACGUGAGGCACCCGAUGGCAAACUCGAUGAUGAUCUACUCGCAUGGAAACGCCGCCGAUCUGGGACAAAUGUAUGAGCUCUUCAUUGAGCUUAGCAUCCAUCUCAAGGUUAAUCUCAUGGGAUAAGAUUACACGGGGUAUGGACCAGCUGCGUAUUUUCUGUUGUAUACGGCUAAUGAUCGAGGCAAACAGAUCACAUUUUCUCCUCCCA